AUGCCAGUUCCCAGUCCUGAGAGCAUGGCUUGGAAGGAAGAGGGCACAAGCCCACCCUCGUGUUUCAUCCAGCACCUGGACCACCUUGUGCUGACCGUGAAGAGCAUUGAGGACACUGUGGCCUUCUAUUCCAAAGUCCUGGGCAUGGAGGUGGUGACGUUCAAGGGGAAUCGCAAAGCUUUGCGCUUUGGCCAGCAGAAGUUCAACCUGCACCAGGCUGGGCAGGAGUUCGAGCCCAAGGCUCGGCGUCCCGUGCCCGGCUCUGCGGAUUUUUGCCUGAUCACAGCAGUGCCCCUGGAGCAGCUGCUGGAGCAUCUGAAGACCUGUGGGGUGGCCAUUGAAGAAGGUCCCGUGGCCAGAACUGGUGCUGUGGGUCCGAUAACCUCCAUCUACUUCCGAGACCCCGACGAGAACCUGGUUGAGGUUUCCAGGUACUGCACGGAUGAGGCUGCAGGCUCUGAGGGGGAGCCCUGA